GCUGGCUUCGCAGGUUUACUAGCUGGCUCGCUAACAGGCAGGGACCUGUGGCUACCGUAGGUAAAUUCAGGGUCCACGCUAACCACGGGUUGAAGAUUCGCCCCCAAAACGGCCUCUCCGUAAACAUGAAGACAUAAUUCUACUUCCAGAGAGAUUUCUAUUUAUACCAACCAAUGAAUGGAGAGGCUACAACAGGUGACCUUGACCCAAAAGCUACCAGGAAAGAGGUCAAGGAGCAAGAUCAGCCAAUGAAUGGGGAGGCCACAACAUCGUCUGUUGCUACGCGGUCUGGUGUAUGGACAAGAUCAAGUGUAGAAAAGUCGGUGAUAACAGCAACAGCAACACCAGCUAAUAAAGACAAGUACACUGUUCAAGUAGUUACAAAAUUUAUGUGCCGAUUUUGCGCUCGACAAUUUGACACACCAGUUGAAAUGCAGAAUCAUAUAGCAACACACUCCAGGGGUAAGUCAACAUCUCAUUCAUGUUACGUGUGUGGAAAAACAUACUCGACGCCGUCAAAAUUACAACGGCAUGUACGUGUACACAGCGGAGAGCGUCCUUAUGCGUGCAAUAUAUGUGGUCGUCGAUUUACUCGCUCUGACCAUGUGAAACAACAUUUAAAGGUUCAUAUGCCUCAGAAACAAAGAAACGUCUGCCGCCUCUGUGACAUGAAGUUUCUGCGUCGUCAGACUUUACAUUCUCAUCUUCAGCAGAGUCAUGGCGUCUCCACAGUGUUUACUUGUCAUCGUUGUGGCGAGGCGUUUGACUUGAUAACCCAACUCCACACACACAAGGAAAGUCAUCUGUCUUUGUAUCCCCCGACAACUGAAGUCACCGAGAAUGGUGUUAUCAUAAAAAAGGAGCCAAGUAUCCCAGAAGACGAUGAAAAUCCUGUCACCGGCCUUGCGAAAUUCAGUUUGGGUCCCCAACCCCAAGUUCCAGAAGACCCAACUGGAAAACGUGAUUCAUUGCCUCGUAAUAAUAUAGGGAGUCACAUCGCAGCUAAAGUUGAUAAAACAAAUGGCCUACCAGCUGAUUUCCAGCUCAGUGAAGACAUAGCUAUGGAGAGUAUAAUCAAAGAUGCCAUAUCAAACGCUGUGCAGAAUGAGAUGGAUUUAUCUUCAUAUGGAGGAGGAAAUGGAGUGAAGAAGGAAAUGGAUGUGACAGAAACAAACAACGGCAAUGGAUGUAACAACUAUCAGUCGACAACUACCGUCACUGACGAUAUGAACAUGUUUAUUUUACCAUCAGAUCUGAAAAAAAUCAAGCAGGAACCAAAGGAUGCGGAUGAGAUGGAAGAAUCCGUCAAUGUAACGGAAAACAGAACAUCAAAUGAUUUAAGUAAGGAAUGUCAGACCAUGGACAAUGAUGACGAAGAGUCAGAAGAUGAUGAAAAAUCUAAGGAUGCUGAUAAGAUUGACGAAAAGGACGAAGAAAUUUCAUCAUCAAAAACAAAUGAAGAGAGCUCAAAUGAUGAAAUUCAGAAUAAUGAUUCAACAACCCCCAAUGUUCAGGAAAUCAGAGUUGGGCCUCGCUCGAAUACAGGUGUCAAGAAGAUGAAAUUUAAAGUCAUUGGACCGGCGAGCUACAAGGCAGCCAUGCAACAGAAAUUACGAGCAAAAUUAAAAUCUUACGUUCCGAUAUCCACCAUCCCUGUCGUAAGCUCUAGCCCUGGAAUAACAAGCAUUGCAGGAAAUAACCCUAAUCUCUCCAAACUCGUAAACUCUACCACUCAGUCUACCUGGGGAAGUACACUGACAACGCUUUCAGCAGGUCCAAGUACGGUCAACAAAAUACCGCCAGGAACUCAGGUGAAAAAGAUGAUGCGAUGCGAACAUUGUUGUAUAUGGUUUGAAGAUUAUGCGAUGAGUUUACUGCAUAACUCUCUUCACUCUGCUGAUGAAUCGGAUCCCUUUACCUGUAGAAAAUGUUUGAAGAAGCUGGGAAAUCGACUCGAAUUCACGGCACAUUUAGUAUGGCAUCUAGAGCCAACUAUGGAUGGGUAAAUAAGAAAUACUCAUAAACAGGUCAUGCAGGAUCUAUUUAUAGAUUUAUAGAUUCAGAUAUAUAUAAAAGAUAUUUUUCAAAGACAAAGGGCAAAUGUUUUUGCAAACUUGUAUCGUAUAGAAUGAAAUAUGCUGUUUAUAUUAAUUCAUUCCUGGCUUUAUGCGGUUAUCAUAAAAUCAGGAUAUUAUAUAUUGGUUCAACAAUUUUGUGUAAAAGUUGGGCUAAUUAUGAAUGCUUUUGAUCAAACGCUAUGAAAUAGUUUGAUAGUGUUAAUCGCAGACUAAAGUAAUAACAGAUGCUUCAUUUUAUACAGUUAUUCAGUUUUGCUCUACAUGAUUUCAAGUACAACCUUAUUCCGUACCUGAUAUCUUCCCCAAAAAUAGUGCAUAUAUUUUAGUCUUGUGUAAUAUCUUGUGAUAAUUCUCAUAUUUCUUGUGUAUCUAUUGUGUUUACUCUUGCACACAAAGUUAAAAUAUUUUUGAAAAUUUAAUCACGUUCAGUGUUAAGAUAUUUAAAUUAUUUAUUUAUGUUCAGUAUUAUUUGCUCAAAAAUUAUCUAUCGGUGUGAUUCAGUUUGUGAUAAACGAUAUUCUUUGUUUAAUUUAUAAAAACCUAUAUAGCUAUAUUCCUUCGUGUUUUCCAGUUAUUGACUAAGUGCACGUGAUAUCGUUGUUUCUUGUACUUUAUAUCUGUACCACAGGGACCUGGCACAUGUUCCAAACCUACAGUUCAUUAUAUGUUAUAUACAGUACCUAUCAUAUUAUUUCAGGUAGAUUUUAUAUAUUAAAUUGAGCAACAGGCUUUGCCUCCAUGGCUUUCAGCAUACUUAUGAUAUUUGAAGACAUUGAGUACCAUACAACUCAUCUCAUGAUAUGUGGGUAUAUAUUUAUUGCAAAAUGAAAUAAUUAGACUGGAUUAAUGGUUUCAUGAUUGUUUCAACAAAAUUUUGUUAUAUAUGGACUUUCGAUAAACCCCCCCCCCCCCC